AUGUCAUCCCAGGACAGCAAAUGUCCGGUAGACCAUGGAUCUUCAACACAGGACCCGUGUCCAGUUGACCACCCGACGCAUUCAACAUGGUCUCGCUUUUUCUCAUCUUCUCCCACUUCACACAACAAACCCGUGCUUUCAUCAGAACGCCAAGUGUCGUCGAUACCCCGAGAUACAGAUGAAAAAUGGGUCUACCCUUCUGAGGCACAGUUCUUUGCAGCCAUGGCUCGGAAAAAUCACAAUCCGCAGGAAGCAGACAUGAAAACUAUCGUACCGAUACACAAUGCGGUCAAUGAACGCGCUUGGGCUGAGAUCCUCAGAUGGGAGAGUGGACGAGGGGGAGAGGUGUGUGGAGGAAUAAAACUGGUGAACUUCAAGGGUAGACCCAACGAACGUAGUCCAAGGGCUCGAUGGAAGAUGCUACUAGGAUACGCAGCGCCCUUUGAUAGGCAUGACUGGGUCGUGGACCGCUGUGGAAUUCGUACGAGAUACAUUAUCGAUUUCUACACCGGUCGCUCUGACGGGUCAAAAAAUGUCUCGUUUUAUCUCGAUGUCCGGCCCGCUUUGGACAAUUGGGAGGGCUUGAAGAUGAGGGUAGAGCAUUACUUUGGAAGAUGGUUUGGGGCAAGUUCGACAGAUGCAGUAUAA